AUGGUUGAUUUGGAGCAGGAAUUUGCGCUCGGUGGGCGGUGUCUGGCAUUCCAUGGUCCUCUUAUGUAUGAAGCAAAGAUCUUGAAAAUAUGGGAUCCAUCUUCGAAAAUGUAUACCAGCAUUCCUAAUGACAAGCCAGGUGGUAGUUCACAAGCAACUAAGGAAAUAAAGCCACAAAAGCUGGGAGAAGAUGAAAGCAUUCCAGAAGAGAUCAUUAAUGGGAAGUGUUUUUUCAUACAUUACCAAGGCUGGAAGUCGAGUUGGGAUGAGUGGGUUGGAUAUGAUAGGAUACGGGCCUACAAUGAAGAGAAUAUUGCCAUGAAAAAAAGACUGGCGAACGAGGCGAAAGAAGCUAAGAAAUCGUUACUGGAACAGCAGAAAAAAAAGAAGCUCUCCACUAGUCUGGGAGGGCCUAGUAAUGGUGGAAAAAGAAAGGGAGACAGCCGCUCGAAUGCUAGUAUAAGUAAGAGCACUUCACAGAGUUUUUUAACAUCUUCAGUGAGCGGCAGGAAAAGCGGAAGAAGUUCCGCUAAUUCCCUCCAUCCUGGCAGCUCUUUGCGCUCGUCAUCCGACCAAAAUGGGAAUGAUGACCGCAGAAGAUCUUCUUCGCUAUCGCCAAAUAUGCUACAUCAUAUUGCCGGCUAUCCAACCCCCAAGAUUUCCCUUCAAAUUCCCAUAAAAUUGAAGAGCGUGUUAGUCGACGAUUGGGAAUACGUAACGAAGGACAAAAAAAUUUGCAGACUACCCGCUGAUGUGACGGUAGAGAUGGUACUGAAUAAAUACGAACAUGAAGUGAGUCAAGAAUUGGAAUCGCCAGGGUCCCAGUCACAGUUGAGCGAAUACUGUGCCGGUCUCAAGUUGUAUUUUGACAAGUGCCUGGGUAAUAUGCUUUUAUAUAGGUUGGAACGGCUGCAAUAUGACGAACUUCUGAAAAAAUCAUCGAAGGAUCAAAAGCCACUAGUACCAAUUAGAAUUUAUGGGGCUAUCCAUCUGUUAAGGUUGAUAAGUGUUUUACCAGAGCUGAUCUCGUCUACUACAAUGGAUCUACAAAGCUGUCAGCUUUUAAUCAAACAAACCGAAGACUUCUUGGUUUGGUUGUUGAUGCAUGUGGACGAAUACUUCAAUGACAAGGAUCCAAAUAGAAGUGACGAUGCUCUGUAUGUAAAUACGUCUAGCCAAUACGAAGGAGUGGCUUUAGGUAUGUGA